GGGCAGAGGAUGAGAGAACAUCAAACACAUAAUAUCCAUUAAACUAAGUGGACAAUCCACUCCUAUUUUAUACAUUUUAUUUUCUGUUGGUGUCAAGGUGUUUUAUAGUAAUAAAAAUGGCCACGUCUGCCAGUUCUCAGUUGAGUAAAGUGGUAAAACAGCAGUAUAUGGAACUGCCUCAGGGAGACCAAGUACAAGCCAUGUAUAUCUGGAUAGAUGGAACCGGAGAAGGACUACGAUGCAAGACCAGAACACUGGACUCUGAACCCAAAAGCAUUGAAGAUCUUCCUGAGUGGAACUUUGAUGGUUCCAGCACGUAUCAAGCUGAAGGCUCCAAUAGUGACAUGUAUCUCAUCCCAGCUGCUAUGUUCAGGGAUCCUUUCCGCAAAGACCCCAACAAACUGGUUUUGUGUGAGGUUGUCAAGUACAACCGGAAAACUGCAGAAACCAACCACCGUCAUACAUGUAAAAAGAUCAUGGAAAUGGUAGGACAUCAAAGCCCUUGGUUUGGGAUGGAGCAGGAGUACACUAUUCUGGGUACUGACGGACACCCCUUUGGUUGGCCUUCCAAUGGGUUUCCUGGUCCUCAAGGACCUUACUACUGUGGAGUUGGAGCAGAUAAAGCCUAUGGCAGAGACAUCGUGGAGGCGCAUUACAGAGCCUGCCUAUAUGCCGGUGUGAUGAUUUGUGGAACCAAUGCUGAAGUUAUGCCAGCUCAGUGGGAGUUCCAGGUUGGCCCGUGUGAAGGCAUUGACAUGGGAGAUCACUUGUGGGUAGCUCGUUUUAUUUUGCACAGAGUUUGUGAAGACUUCGGUGUGGUAGCUUCAUUUGAUCCUAAGCCGAUCCCAGGCAACUGGAAUGGUGCUGGUUGCCACACUAACUUCAGCACUAAGGAAAUGCGGGAAGAUGGUGGACUGAAAUGUAUUGAGGAGUGUAUUGAAAAGCUUGGAAAGAGGCACAACUAUCACAUCCGCACCUAUGAUCCAAAAGGAGGCCUGGACAAUGCUCGUCGACUCACUGGCCACCAUGAAACCUCCAACAUUCAUGAGUUCUCUGCUGGUGUGGCAAACCGUGGUGCUAGUAUCCGCAUCCCACGAGCAGUGGGACAAGAGAAGAAGGGCUACUUUGAGGAUCGCCGCCCGUCUGCCAACUGCGACCCCUAUGCUGUCACUGAGGCCCUGAUUCGCACAUGUUUGUUAGAUGAAGAGGGUGAUGAAACUGUGGACUACUAGAUCUCCCAUUUACUGGACUGAAUUUCCCUCCCCUUCUCGCCAUUCUAUUUUUUUUUUUUUUAAGGCCAUCAAGCCAAAUUUAGUACUGUAUCUUGUUUUCUAUAAGGGUGGUUCUAACAUGGCAUUUUAAUAUCGUUGAAGUUGACUGGUCAACUUAACAUUUUAAGAUAUAAAUCUGAAUUUAACCUGAUAUGACUGGGGACAUGGUGUUGCAGGGCAUGUCUUUCCCCUGUUUUGGUUUCAUUUUUCCCUCAUUUUAAUGGUUUCUUGGGGAGGCCAUUUCUAAUGUUUGCAUUGAAAACUCUCUGAUUCCAUGAUUUUACUUUUUUGGUAGUUACGAUGGACUGAAUAAAGAGUUAAGUGCACAGAAGAACCUAGGACUGCCAAGGCUAGACAACAUCUAAUUACUUUUGAACCAAUAGCUAGUUGUUGUUGUUGUCAUGUUGACUUGACUUUUCAAGUAUGUAAUGUUUCGAGAUGUCUUACUGACAGUGUAUUAAAUGGCAAAAUUUGGUGUCCAUUUAUUUUUACUGUACACACUGUUCAUGUUGUGCGGUACAAAGUCGCAGUCCAAUAACUGUCCUGUUUUUAUACUUGUGGAACUGUUAUUUGUCUUGUUAAAUCCCUGAUUUAUCAAGGAUUUGAUCCUGUUUUUGUCUAAUACUAUGAUGUAACUGCACCUGUUUUGGUAAACCUGAAGAUGCUAAAAGGAAACUAAAACAUUUAUUUUUACCAC